AUGUCCCACGUCACCAAGCUCCCCAGCUCAUUCAAUGGGCCACAGUCGCCUAUGCUCGCGUCUGAUUCGCCUUUCCCGUCCUUCAAAUCGGAUUAUCGCUACAAGGGCGUUUACGAAAGAGCCGGUUUCGAUGUCAAUUUGAAUCGCCGCCGUGGAAAUCACUCCCCUAAUGAUUCCAGGCACGCUAUACAAACAAGGAGAAAACCGGACUCUCCAGCUUCCCAAACGUUCAGCUUCAAGUCGGCCAAUGACUCCUUCAGCAAGAACCAGUCCCUGAGGUCGCUCCCCAUGAGCGCUAAAGGCAACACCAACAACGUGUCGCCCGUGGAAUCCAGAUCAAGCGCCGGCAAAGCCCCGGUGUCUCGCAAACCCGUGUCACCCACGGACCAGUACGUCACCCCAGCAUCUGCUCCAGCAUCGGCACACCCUGAUUACGCGCCAGAUCGCUUCCAAUUGCCUAGAAAGGCUCCUAAGGAGCAGCAGAGCUACCCAGAAUACCAGGCGUUCCAGCCGUUUAAACCGGACAAUGAUAGACAGGUUGUGCUUGACGAUCAGGGCAACGCCCGUGCUUUAGGCGGCGAAAUCGCUUCUCCUCGUUCUGGCAAAAACAUUAAGAACCUCUUCGUGCAUAUUCCUUCCAACAACCCACAAGAGGAAGAGUUCCCAAAGCCUGAUGCAGACUUCAACUCCAACUUGCCUACGGGCAUGGGCUCUGACUCGGACUUCAAUUCCCCUACGUUCGACAACACAGAGCGUGUAUCUACUGCGCAUACCUCUACAUCGUCUUCCCGUGAAUUCAGGAAGAACAGUGCAGACUCUGGCAUGAGUGUGAAGACAUCCGAACUUGUCCGCAAUACCCCAUACCCAGCUCUGAACCAGAUACCCGUCAUUCAAGAGCACCAGGACUUGUCAACCAUGCUUGAAUCGUUCCGUCUGGACGUUGAGGAGCAUAAGAAAUAUGAUCCUAGAAGAAAGGCUUCCCGCACGGCUACGAAGCUGCCUGACAAUGCAUCUCUGUUCACACCAGACACCACUAAUCAUUCAAUGAGACUUGACGACUGCUACAGCUCACAGCUGUCGUUCAAUUUCACCAAUGAUCAAGGGGAACCUCAGAAGCCUCAAGAGGGCCUGGACUACGAGAACUUCCUUCAGGCCUCUGCGGCUGGCGACAGAAAGCUCGCUAGAAAUUCAAACCUUUCUACGAUUUCUUCAAUCAUCUCCAAGUCGAACGACGGAGAUGAUGAGGUUGACCCAGAAUUACAUCGCCAGUUGGAAUCUCUCAAGGCUGGUAGCCAAGCGGAAGAUUCUCCUGUUUUCAGACCUGAUAAUGAGUCGUUCGUUACAGCACACAACCUGCCAGAGCAUGCUAAUAAGCCUCCUGUUGUCCCAGUCUUCAACAUCCAGGAUGUCUCAGAGAAGGAAAAGCUUGAAAAGGCCCACGAUGAACCCGAAGUUUCCUCUGAAAACCCCUUCUUCGAGGGUGCUGAGGGUGCUGAUCAUUUUGAGCAAAGAUCGACAGAGGAGCACGUCGAGCCACAGGUAGAGACCUACGAAGAAGUCGAUCAGUCUGGCACAAGAGCACCAACAACUCCUUAUAAUCCAGCCGGUGAGUUUGACCUUAAUCAGGAGACACCAGAGACGAUUAAACCAUUGAGCCCUAAAAACCAUAGAAUUGAGCAAGAGCUCAAGGACAUGAACUUCAAAUACGAAUCCGGUGUUGAUGAAUUUGAGCCAGUGAUCCCACCAAGAGCAUCACCCUCUCUCACAAAUGAUUCGAUCUCGCAGCAAAAUCGUCCAAGCACUGCUGAAUUCAAUCCAUUCCCACAGUCAAUCAUUGGUACGCAAUAUCCAAAAUUCAGAGACAGUGACUUGCCUAUGAAGACGCCGCCUGGACAAGGCAAUUGUCGUGGCUGUGGCGAGCACGUCGAACAGCAGGCCAAGGGAUCUAAGAAGGCCAUCUUCUCAAAGACUGGUGAGUUGUCGGGUCAGUGGCAUAGAGGAUGUUUCUCCUGCUCAUACACUGGUUGCGAUGUAAGGUUCAGCAAACAUACAGCUUGUUACGUGCUUCUUGAUAACGCGUUCUGCAACCACCACUACCAUUUGCUUAAUGGAACUCUCUGUCAAACGUGUAACUCCGGAAUCGAGGGAGAAUGCAUUGAGAAUGAAAUGAGACAAAAAUGGCAUCUUAACUGCCUUAAAUGCAACAGAUGUCAAACGCAUAUUAAAGAGGACUAUUUCUUGAUUAAUGGAGAAAUUGUCUGCGAGCAUGAUGCCAGCACUCUCAUAUCCAAGAUGGAGGAUGAAGGCAUGUUGAGCACAGACAAGAUUGAAAAAAGGAGAACCAGAAUGAUGUUCGUGGACCAGGUUGCAGAGUUCUAA